AUGAGUUUGCGAAACCUGAGACACACAGAUAACAAGGCGCAAACCAUUGGACCCCGCGGCCUAACAAGGGAUCCUGUGCCGAGGGCGGCUAUAUAUUUCUGUCGCGGCGCUAAAUCUCAACUCUGCUUUCUCAAGCGCGUCUUGACUCUCCACGACAGUACGCCCUUCUCUCUCAGCUUUGUUUUUACUUGCACGACCCUCAUGGCAUCUCCUCACGAUCCUAUUUUCGAGGAAAAAGUCUACCUCGCUUUCAAAGACAUCUUCUCAGGCCGCAGCGCCAAGCUCCGCGGGUUGAAGGCCGUUCAGCCCAUUGUUAGCCAGAACAAGAAGCGCAGCGGCGUCAGCUCCCUUCUCAAGAGCAGCAAUCACGAGUUUGUGUGCCAGUCACUCUGUCGCUUGCUCAACGAGCAAAUUUUUGAGUCCGAAGCAAGAGCGCGUCUUCGGUUUGCCAAGAACCCACGUACUGCCGUACCACCUGCGCCAAUGGUUUCAAAGCCGGUAGUUCCAGGGCCAGUGGUUCCCAAGUCGCCUGCUUCAGAGCUUGCUUUCCUUCAAGCCCCAAAUUCUGAGCCGGGGACUUGUUCUAAAAUGAUCAAUGCUUUAUCAGAGUCCAGCGGCGACACAUUGGAGGAACUUGAGCCAGAACUAGACACACCUGCGAAUUAUGAGAGCAGAUACCCCGCCGAGACAUCACAGCUUCAAGUCUCCCUCCCCCUGCGCAUUCAAAAUCUCAUCCUAUCUCAUAUGCAGGCUAUUCUGGAGCUUGCAUGCUUCGAUUUCGCCACGGAAAAGAUGCCCGAGAUCCUCGAGAGCCGCAAGUGGCGUUGCCCCAAGGCUGGUGAACUGAAUCUAUGGGUGGGGGAAUUUAACAAGAGGAUCGCCUCGUUCAAGAGCAACGUCAACAAUCCUGAAGGUUACGAAAUUUCUAAAUGCUUCCAGAUAGCCACACACAUCCGCCACUACGCAGUCCAUCGCAGACACCUCUCCACGACCCAUCUCCAGUCCCUGGUCAAUAACGCCGAGGGCCUCUGCAAGAUUCUCGGAAACGGCCAAGCUUUGGCGCAGAUAGAGUCUAUUUGGGGAUAUGCACAAGCCCAGAUCUCUGAGUUGGAAUCUCUCAAGGGAGAGAUCGUUCUGGAGCUUGAGAGCAGCCUUGACGAUAUAGCUGCUCGGCGGGCAGAGCUUAAUCUUUUGGAGGCAGCGAGUAUCGCCAAGGCCCAUGACAAGCUCAACGGCCACCAUGAUGUUGCAAGUGAUGAGUUGGAGAAGAUUCUCCUGGACAGACAGAUGGUUUUGAUGGCGGCUGGCAAAGUGGAGAAUGAGAAGGAGGGAGACGAAGCAGACGAGCUGGAUGACCACCUGUCGGAAGAACUGCAACCACCGGAGGCCAAAGUCGAACAGUACCAGCCCCCGGCGAGAGGGCUUCUCGUCUUGGAACAGCGCAUCAAUCAGAGCAUGUCAUUGGCUCAGAAGAUCUACAACACACUGAACUCUCUCCCGACUUUUCUUCACGCCUUCCAAAACUCACUUCUAUUGCUGCCGUAUAUCCUCUUCGGCAUAGCUGCCGCAUAUAUCCUUGCAGCUGGUGGGAUGGAGCACAUGUGGGGUGUGCUCUGGUGGGGUGAGUGGUGA